AUGUCUUCUAAUCCUUCUCCAUUCAUCCAAGAAAGAUUGUAUAAUAAUCAUCUGACAGACAUUUCCUGCCCCGACCUGACAUCUGGAAUAAGAAAUAACCGGACACUGAGGACACUGGACCUGUCACUGAACAAUCUGGAGGGUCCUCAUUUCCGGGAUGUGAUGGAAGCUCUGACAACAAGCCGGAUAGAGGAAUUACAUUUGUGUGGUAAUCAUCUGACAGACAUGUCCUGCCCCGACCUGGCAUCUGGAAUAAGAAAUAACCAGACACUGAGGACACUGAGCCUGAAUAAUAACAAUCUGGAGGGUCCUCAUUUCAGGGAUCUGAUGGAAGCUCUGACAACAAGCCAGAUAGAGGAAUUACAAUUGCAUGAUAAUCAUCUGACCGACAUUUCCUGCCCCGACCUGGCAUCUGUAAUAAGAAAUAAUCAGACACUGAGGACACUGAACCUGUCAUAUAACAAUCUGGAGGGUCCUCAUUUCAGGGAUGUGAUGGAAGCUCUGACAACAAGCCGGAUAGAGGGAUUACAUUUGUAUAAUAAUCUCCUGACAGACAUUUCCUGCCCCGACCUGGCAUCUGGAAUAAGAAAUAACCAGACACUGAAGAUACUGAACCUGUAUAAUAACAAUCUGGAGGGUCCUCAUUUCAGGGAUGUGAUGGAAGCUUUGACAACAAGCCAGAUAGAGGAAUUACUAUUGGAUAGAAAUCAUCUGACAGACAGUUCCUGCCCCGACCUGGCAUCUGGAAUAAGAAAUAACCAGACACUGAGGACACUGAACCUGUCCAGGAACAAUCUGGGAGGUCCUCAUUUCAGGGAUCUGAUGGAAGCUCUGACAACAAGCCGGAUAGAGGAAUUACAUCUUAAGUACAAUAAGUUGACAGACAGUUCCUGCCCCGACCUGGCAUCUGGAAUAAGGGAUAACAAGACACUGAAAAGACUUUACCUGUCCAAUAACAACCUGGCGGGUCCUCAUUUCAGGGAUCUGAUGGCAGCUCUGAAAACAAGCCGGAUAGAGGAAUUACAUUUGGAUAAUAAUCAGCUGACAGACAGUUCCUGCCCCGACCUGGCAUCUGGAAUAAGAAAUAACCAGACAUUGAGGAUACUGGACCUGUCUGGGAACAAUCUGGAGGGUCCUCAUUUCAGGGAUCUGAUGGAAGCUCUGACAACAAGCCGGAUAGAGGAAUUACAUCUGAGGGAUAUUGGGUUGACGGAUGAAUGUACGACAUCACUGGAGUCACUGAGUGAUAGCAAGAGCCUCAGAUUGCUGGAUCUGCUGAACAACAGAAUAACAGAUGUCGGUUCCAACCACAUCCGGCAUCUAAUAAUCAAAUCCUCCAGCCUGAAAGAAAUCUGGGCCAGCUCCCAAUUCAUGUCAGAUGAAGCUAAAAGAGAGCUAAAAGAACUGGAAGUGCUUCGUCCAGGCCUGAAAGUUUUGCUAUAUUGAA